UCCUAUGAUAUGUUCUCUCCUUCUGUGUUAGUUGAAAAGAAAGAGGAUUACACACAGGCUGAGAAGAAGGCGAAGAAAGAGAGUGUUUUUCUAAGAGCAAGCGUUUGAGGGGACGGUGCUGUCACACAGGAGGAGGAGGAAGAGGAAGAGGAAGAGGAGGUGAUGUGUGUGUGAAGUGUGUGAAGUGAACCCUCACCAUCAGAGUCCCACCAUCAGCUACACACAGAGCCAGUCUGAGGUUUAACAAGCCAUGCUGAGGACCAGGAGCCAGUCGAAGUCCUGCUGAACACCAUGGCACAGGCUAAAGGGCGGAGGGAUGGCAUGGUGUCAUCCAAUGAGAACAGGCGCCGGCCGCUGUCAUCGGGUGAGGUGGAGGGCGUGUCGUGGCGGGGCCCCCGGACCAUUUCCCUCCAGAAGAACUCGCAGGGAUUCGGCUUCACCCUGCGACACUUCAUCGUCUACCCACCAGAGUCCUCCCUCCACAGCUUCAAGGAUGAGGAGAAUGGAAAUGCCACUGGAACAGCAGGUUGUCAGCGGUCUCGUUUGGAGCCAAUGGACACCAUCUUUGUGAAGAGUGUCAAAGAAAAUGGCCCUGCCCAACAAGCUGGACUGUGUACAGGAGACAGGCUGGUGAAGGUGAAUGGGGAGAGUGUUCUUGGGAAAACCUACUCUCAGGUGAUCGCACUUAUCCAAAACAGUGAAAACAUUCUGGAGCUCUCUAUUAUGCCAAAAGAUGAGGAUGUGUUGCAGUUGGUAAGUGCAUACUCCCAGGAUGCCUACCUGAAAGGGAAUGAGCCAUAUUCAGGAGAGGCCCAGAACCUCCCUGAGCCUCCGCCUCUCUGUUACCCACCCACCAAACCUGCCUCCGCAGCUCCCCAGCCCAGCAACAACCUCCAAAACCUCCUGGACAACUGGCAGUGCCGACCUGGCCCCACCUCCUCGCCGCUGGAUAACCACCCCCCUGCUGCUUCUACCCCCUCCUCCGGCUGGCCCAAGGGUCCCGAGGAUUCCAGUGUCCAUGUUUCCCCGUCGGGGCGGCACCAUGGCCGCUGCUCUUCAGCCAUCAGCGCGCUGGACUUUCACUUUGCUAACCACAAUGCUGCCAUUGCCUCUGCCACACUGCCAGCGCCAAGGAAGAGCAGCCUGCCAGCCUCUGCCCGUGCCCAUACCGAUGCCCUUUGCCACCAGGCUCUUUCGGAGUGGUACUACAGCCAGGCUGAGGCUGCAGAGCGCAUGUCCCCCCGCCACCGCAGUAUUUCUCAGGACCGUUUAGUGGAGCUGGGGCUGGGGUUGGCUCUCGGCCCCGGACCUACGUCUGCCCCCACAGCGUCUUCAGAGCAACGCAGAAGAGAAACCCACCUGUACCACCACCAGGCAGCUGCUGCUUCCCAUGAUUCCUAUUGGCUAGGUGGCUGGGGUGGCGUAUCAGGACCAGGAAGCAGGUCGUGCUCAGAGAGCCUGCUGGCAGCCUAUGCAGAAUACGAGCACAACUAUGGGCGUUCAGUGGAAACACUAGCACAAGCCUCUGCGCUGGUCUUACCAUGCAAUGAACACACUUCACAAAGCUCCCAGACGAAAAAAUUCAGUGAGCAGGCAGACCAGAAAGCCUCAGGAGGGUAUCAGCACCAAAACACAGUGGCAUCCCCCGUCAAAACCUCCUCCACAGUGCCUCCCAGUGGCAGGCAGUCGGGUCAGCAGGUAGCUGAACCCCAGACAAGGCGAGUAAAAGAGGAGGAGGUGGUGGGUUACAAAAGCUACAGUCCUUCUUUCUCCCACAAAGCUGGCCACCUGCUCCAGCAGGCCCAUUCCUUCAGAGAGCCCAGCUACAGCGGCCCCCACCUCAACUGGAGCCCCAGCAGCAGAGGCAGCCCUUCGGACAGUGAGGUGGGGGUGGUACCCAGGCCUCAGUCCACACCUGCCGUGUCUGCGUCAGAGGAGGAGAGAGUCCAGCUGGGUGAAGACAGGGAGGUCAUCUCUCCCAUCUCCCUGAAUCAAGAGGUGGUCCUUAGGCAGAAGCCUCCUACAGGCCGCCGGACCCCCGUUCAGACUCUUCGGCAUCCCCACUACACAACACAUGUGGAGUCACCGGAGCCCCCUGCAUUGAUGCCUUUACCGGGGACCCCGUCUCCUGUCUCUGUGGGGUCUGGCCCCCACCACAGGGCCAACGGUAGCCCGGCACAGCAUGCAUACGAUUCCCUGUCCUCUAUUCCCUUCAUAGAUGAACCCACCAGUCCUAGUACUGACCUACAGGCCUGCUAUGUACCAGCCUGCUCUGUGGUGUUCAGUUCCCAGGCCUCCACUAUGGCCACCCUCACUUCCACCUCUGUCUCCCCCACCCUCUCCUCCAUCUCCUCCUUUGUCCGACUUCAUUCUCAGGACUGCAGCAGCAUUAAAGGCCGUCGCUCCUCUUACCUUCUGGCCAUCACCACCGAGAGAUCCAAGUCCUGCGACGAGGGGCUCAACACCUUCAGGGAAGAAGGCCGUGUCUUCUCCAAACUACCAAAAAGAGUCAAGAGCUUCUUCACUGACGGGUCUCUGGAGACCCUGCGAGCUCAGGAGGAGGCCCGGUCCAAGCGCCACUCCACCUCUGAACUGGGGACCAUCACUUUCAGUGAUGUUCGCAAGGAGGGCUGGCUACACUACAAACAGAUCCUCACAGAGAAGGGAAAGAAAGUCGGCGGUGGCAUGCGGCCUUGGAAACGCGUCUUCUCCGUGCUCCGUUCCAAUUUGCUCUUCCUCUACAAGGACAAGCGAGAGGCGGUGCUUCAUGGGGCGGGGGCGGGGCCCAGCCAGGAUGAGCAUCCCCCCGUCAGCAUCCGCGGCUGCCUGAUCGACAUCGCCUACAGCGAAACCAAGCGCAAGCACACCCUGAGGCUCACCACGCAAGACUUCUGUGAGUACCUGCUGCAGGCCGAGGACAGGGAUGACAUGCUGGCCUGGAUCAGGGUCAUCAGGGAGAACAGCAAGACCGACAACGAGGAGAUUGGUUUCUCAAGACAGGCUCUCAUCAAUAAGAAGCUGAAUGAUUACAGGAAACACAGUCUGACAGGUAACAAGCCGGAUUCCUCUCCCAGAGUCCACCGCAUGAUGCCUCCCUUCCUCCUGGCUAAGACUGACAACACCUCAGUGAACCGCGCCUCCAGAACCGAUGAUAACAAGGCACUGUGGGGCAUCAACAUCAUGAAGAAAGCCAAGAAAACAGGCAGUCCGAAGGCUUUUGGCGUGCGACUGGAGGACUGUCAGCCUGCUGUCAACCAUAAAUUUGUCCCUCUGAUCGUGGAGAUGUGCUGCGGCGUGGUGGAGGCGACCGGCCUGGAGUACACGGGCAUCUACCGUGUGCCUGGGAACAACGCCAUGGUGUCCAACCUUCAGGAGCAUCUCAACAAGGGCAUGGACAUCAACACUGCAGAGGAGAGGUGGCAGGACCUGAACGUAAUCAGCAGCCUGCUGAAGUCAUUCUUCCGAAAACUGCCUGAGCCUCUGUUUACCGAUGACAAAUACAAUGACUUCAUUGAUGCCAACCGGAUAGAAGACGGAGAGGACAGACUGAAGACCAUGAAGAAACUGAUUCACGACCUCCCAGAUCACUAUUACCACACCCUCAAGUUCCUGGUGGGCCACCUCAAGAGGGUGGCAGAUCACUCUGAAAAGAAUAAGAUGGAGCCAAGAAACUUAGCUCUGGUGUUUGGUCCCACUCUGGUGAGGACGUCAGAGGACAACAUGACCGACAUGGUCACUCACAUGCCUGACCGCUACAAAAUAGUGGAGACGCUUAUCCUGCACUAUGACUGGUUCUUCAGUGAUGGAGAGCUGGAUAAGGAAGAGAAGGCCCCGGAGGAUAAGCCGGACAUGCUGCCUGUGCCCAACAUCGACCAUCUGCUGUCCAACAUCGGCAGGCCUGGCAUGCCAGGAGAGGCAUCAGAUUCCACCACCAGUGAUUCAUUUAAGCCAAAGCAUUCUUUGGGCCCCAAGAAAGACCUGAACGCCAGGGACUUCCUGCCCAAGUCCAUCAUCUCUGCUGUGACCCGCAAACGUAAGAAAAGUCUCAGUACCCACUUGCUGGGCAGCAGCGCCGACGAGGACUCCGAGCACGAGCCAGUCAAAGCCAGCAACUAUGGGGAAGGAGGGGGAGGGGAAGAGGAAGAGGCCAGAGGAGAGGAGGAGGAGGAGGCAAUCAAGGGAGAACAGGUAAUUCUUAAAAAAGACAAAUGGGAUGAAAAGGGAAAGGAUGUGAAGGAUGGUGAGAGCACAGAGGUGGGAGAGGAAGAGGCUGAAAAGGACAAAGAGAAGGGAGCAGGCAAUGGCACAAAAAAUGUUGAAAGGGAGACACUGCAGCUUCGACCAAACAGUUUUCUAUACUCACACCAUCAAAUCCAUGCCACAUACCCAAGACCCUCACCUGUUAUUAAACCUCCUUCCCACUUGAGACCUGACAGUCUGGCAAAACAGCGCCCCACGGUCCCUUUCUGGAUCUCGCCCACCAGGCCUCCCAGCCUCUGCCAGGCUUCCAGCUUUCAUGGGAUCCAGCAGUCAGACUGGAACCAACCAGCUCCAGUCCGCUACAGGAAGACCAGGGGUGGGAGGACGAGGACUAUGUCCAUGAAUCUGGAUCUUGAGCUGGGUAGGAAUGAGGACAGAGUCAGAGGACGGAGAGCAGAGAGGGUGGAGGUUAUCAGAGUCAUUGAGGGAGCAUCAGGUGUUGGGGUUCCUCAGGGAUCAAUUGUAGGCCCCAAGCAAGUUCAGAAAAUAGAUCCCCUCCCUCAUCUUUCCCAGAGGGCUCUGCCUCUCUCCUCCUCUUCCUCAGGAUGGAUAGAUCAGUGCUCCCCAGGAUCUUCCACUGUGGUCCUGAGGAGAUCGGCCCGGGACACACGGGACAAAAUGAGAGCAUGGCGUCGUCAUACAGUGGUAGUUUAACCCGACUGUUUCUGUCUACUAAUGCAGUACCGAGUUCUUGCCGUUUACUCGCAAACCCCCGGAUCACCUCUGUCACUGUCUAAAGCCAAGUGUCCGUCGUGCUACUGAGGGAUCUCUACUGUCUGAAGACUCUUCCCUCUUGGAUUUUUAUUAGCAGUAAAGUUGCAGAUGUGAUCCCACGGUAAAGGAUUUAUUUGAUGCUGUGAGCAGCUGUUGAGUUUCAUUCCAAAGUGAGAUCACCAGCAUUCGAAACACACGAAUCUUACUCUGAAAUCCAUACCGAUGAUAUUCACUUUGAAUCCUUUACUUAUGAAAUGACUGAAAAAGUGAAAAUCAAAUGAAGGCACAGUCACACCAGAAAGCGGAACAGUGAAGUUCAUCCACGAGUGUUUGUCAAAUACUGUAGUUGGUUCUAGAAACAUUCUGAUGUAGGGUAGAUCUGCAAGACCUAGCUGGUGAGCGGACUGCUAACAGGCUAGCAUUAGUCAGUCGCAAUAGUUCUCUGGGCAGCAUUUUAGUCGAUUGUUAGCUGGUUUGCUAACAGGACAAUAUGUUCACAGUUUAUAACCAGAACUAUCAAGGUCAUUUGCUAUUGGUCGGUGAUACCAAUGAAAAUAUUUGGGAGUAGUCCUAAAGUAAUGUGCAGAUUUACUUGACGAGUAAAUCUACUUUGAUCCAACAGGGAUUUGCAGCAACAUUCCGUUGAAAUAAGUUCAGAUAAAUUGAUUUUGCUGCAGAAUUAGUUUUACAUUCUGGUGUGUCUGGGCCUUUACGACAAUACAUGCUCACAGGACAGUUUAAACAAAGCUGCAUUCAGAUACGCAGAGCUGCAAAUCAAAAACAGAGCAGUGUGUUUGAUUGCAGAUCAUUGUUCAAAAGAGGGAACAGAGAUCAUCCUUGUAAACAGCUGUCCAAGAACAGUGCUCCUGUUCCUCGAACCACCGUUGAAGUAACCCUUCUGAAAUGACAAGAAGACCUUCAACCAAUUAAAGCCUCCGUGUGAUCUUCAAAUGGUAUUUGUUUGAAGAAAACUGAAGGAAUCCCAGUGAGAAUUGGUGCAGUCUGUGUCCGACAGUGUCAGAGUGAGGAACUGGAAAGUCCUGAACACAGCUGCUGCUGCUGCUGUUGUUCCAGACAAACCUCCACCAGCAAACGGUUCAGCAGGAUCAUCGGCCAUGUUUUUCACUACUAACUGACUGUGCUGUACAAACGCUGGUGUUGCCCCCUAAUGUUUUGUUUUUUUUUCCUUUUUUACUAAUGAUGCCUUUGAUGGUAUCCACAUGGGCAAAUAUAUGCAGUUUCAGUUUACUCCUCAGCCCUUUACAAGCUCUUCCAACUCCUCCUGUGGAUCUACAUGGACCUUCAGUAAUCCACCGGAGAAUUAAAAAAAAAAAAAACAACUCACACUCUCUGGACCAUGUGACUGGGGCAUUACGCCAAA